CGUUUAUCCUGCACUCUACCGCCGUACUAUGACACAGCUCGCUCGUGGUGACAAGGAUGUAUAAAGACUGUUAAUCAUACACUUGGUCACUGGACAUCUGGGACAAGAAGUCAUAUCGCUCACAUAGUUAGUUAGUAAUUCACAUACUGAGUAACCAGCAGAGUUAAUAUUACAGUGUUACUGAACCCACAGAACACGUAGAUACCAACGAGGACUUCGUCCUGCCAGGAAUCGUUUGGCUACAAGGAAUAAAGGUUGACGUCAGCUGUCUGUUUGGUGAAGUGUAGUGAGGUGUGUGUUCACGAUGUACUUUCUGAAACGUGGAUGGAUACUUCUCACUCUGACUGCUGUUUCCUAUGCCUUUGAAGUGUGCACCGAGUAUAGGAAUUUACGUACCAGGACACUGACGUGUGACGAUUCAUGUUGUGGGUCGUUUUCUUCCAGAUAUUGUUGCACCACCUCAAUCUCCACCCGCACCAGGCAUGCAGUGUCAAACGUGAUUAUCGGGGUGUCCGUGGGUUGUUCACUCAUCUUGAUCGCCAUAAUCGCAGGAGUAGUUUUGUGCUGUGUCUGCUGCUGUAGGUCAUCUCAAGGUCAUCGAGGUCGCGUCGUGACCACCAACCAACAACUUGCCGUUGUAUCAACAGGUACAAACCCCACCCGUGCUGCAUAUAAUGCAGGAUACAUCUACCCAUCUCAGCCUGCUCCAGGUACGUACUACCCCCAACCUGCAGGGAUGGCACAGCCUCCACCACCCUACUCCCCCGGACCAGGACCAGUCUAUGACCCAACACCAGGACAAGCCGUCUACCCAGCACCUGGUGGAGCGGUCCCUCCCUUUACACAUCCUGAUGCUGCUCAGCAUUUUGAAAACAACCCUGAACCCACCAAAGCCAUAACAGCCAACGUUUGAAUUAGCCUACAGUGGUAGAGAAUCACUUGGCUGAUGAACAAUAUACUUCUACAAAGACAUAUGUUGCAUGAAGGUGCAUCUGAAGUUUCCUAGACUUCCAUUGGACCCACCUAGUUUCUUAUACCAUCACAUUGAACUAUAUUUUGUGGACGUUGAUGACUGAAGUCCUCAAGUUGCUCCAUAAGCUUUAUCAAUUAGACUGAUUUGACUAAAAAAAAACCCUGAUCGGGCCAAGGCAUGAUAUUUGCCCCUCACCCCCUAUUGUAUUGCAAAUCGAACAUAUUUCUUAAACGUCUUUUCUUUAACUGUAAGCUGAAAAUAUUCGCACUUGUUCACAGCAUACGUAUUUCAAAAUUAACGUACAGUUUCUAGUUUUAACUAAAUAAUCAAAAGCUAUGAUGUAGUUGGAUUUCUGGUCCUUCCCUUUUUGUGUGGUUUUGUUUACCUGCCGCCGUCGCAUGGCAGGAGUACGUCUUUUAUAUCUAAAUUGCUCGAUGAGCGGGUGCUAUCGGUAGAGCAGGUCACGCUUACCCUGAUCGUGAACACCUGGUGUCAUCAUUAAGUUUCAGUUGUCCAUUUAUAUAUGUUUCACAGCGUUUUAACCUUUUAUGUAGAAUGGGAUCCGUUUCGUUUGAGACUGGUUAUUCGCUUGCGUUGGUUAUUUUUAUGUUUACAAACCCCUGAAUGGAUAAAUGUGCAACUAUCUUCAUCAAAGACAUUUCUUCCUGGCGUUUAGACAUUUAAUAACGUUGUCAACGACUAAAACUCUCACGAUAAAUAUAUUUUAAGCCUCCAUACACAAUUAUCGGCAUGGAAAUGUUAUUCACCCUCUUCAUCGAGACUCAUGUGUUGUUCAUAAGUGUAUUCAGAGGAAAGACUAGAAGAAAUGCAAGUGUAUAACAUAUCUAUUGUUCAAAACGUAGUUUUAAUGGUUUAUCCAGCCUUCAUUAGAUUGAAAACGAUUAAUAGACCUUUUCGUCUAUUUGUAGGAUACACAGGCUAACAUUAUUGAUGAUAUCAUUUGACAUAUAUAACUUUAGCAAGAACUAUGGUAUGAAAGGUAAAUUAACUUCAGUAAUUUUGAAAUUCAACACCACUGUUAAAGUUUGAGUUGGGCGAGACAGGCUUUAGUGUCUAUUUAGUGUUAAGUGGAACAUAUAUCAAUUAAAUUUUUUUAUGAACAUAACACACCUGCAUGAGCGAACAUCAUCACCUGAAUUGUCCGCAUGCUCAUUUGUUUAUUUGAAAGCCACAGUAGUGAUUUUAUAUAUCAACAUUGUCUUACAGAUUUCAUGUGUUCUUGAAGGUGAAUUGAAAACACAAUCAUGUUGUUUUUAGUGUACUGUUUUUCAUUAUGGUUUAUUAUUUUAUUAUCUUUUUAAAAAUUGUAUGUUCAAGCAAUAAUUACACUAUACAUGUAUGUAAAUAUUUAAUUGCUAUUCGAUGUAAUAUGAAAUACUAAAAUAUUUAUGAAACCUUUGAUGGGCUAGUGAUUUGUUUGGAUAUAUUUCAUGUCUUACAUUGUAGUUCUCUCCUUGUAUGCGUUAUAAGUACUUAAAACCGAAGCAUGGAGAUUCGUACAAUAUGCAUUCUUGUAAUUUCAUAUAGAGACUUAUUACGAAAUUAUUGUAUUAAUGUAUAGUUUUAUUAUAGCCUAAUAUAUUACUCAGAUUUGUAUGAAUAUGUGCGUUUGUUAUUUAAAAUAUUACGCAGUAGUAUUCAAGAUUUGUAUAAAAUAUAUAUGCGCAAGUUUAAACAAUUACAUUUGUUUGUUUAAGUUUGUUUUUUAACUUUGAUCCCUAACGACAAUGAUACACAUAUAACAAGUGCGCGUUUUUCACAAUUGAUAUAUUACAACUCCCCACUUGCUGGAGCACGCGUAUCGUCUUCCAUGUAUUAACAUGUUUUCUGUAUUUCAACAUAUCUGUAAUACAAAUGGCUUAAGUGUCAUGUGCUCAGUCUGUCAAGAGGACAGUGUAUGAUUUACCCUACUUAUUUCACGAAAGAAGGCGUAUUGCUUUUGCUUUUUUCUCUGAAAAACAAUAUUGAUGAUGCUUGAUUGACGCAAAUGAACAUAUAGAACAUUUUAAUUAAAUACAUGCAUAUGUAUGAAUCUCAUUUUAUGUCUAUACGAGAUCUUGUUCACAUCACGGAGAGGAUCAUUUAAAAAACACACCGUCAAAUGUGUCUAUAAAAUAGUUUAUCAUAAACGUGUCAUCUCCCGGUAUCUGCAUGCAAGGACAUUCUCUUCAACACAUUUAGCUCGUCAUCGUCUGAUGACGUCACGUGGGAUGCUAUUGUCACUCCUCUGUCUGAGCUCACAUCAUUUCUGUCUAUCGAGUUGAGGUAGUGUUUCACUGACCAGAAUCAGUUUAUUCUCAGAAACCACAAAAGGUGGUACAAGAGCACAUUACAAUAUAUAGUUAUGCAUAUGUUCAAAAAGCAGACAAGAUGGCAAUUAAUAACAACAUGUGGUUACCUAGCAUUUUUAAUACUAAUGGACAUUUUUACAAUAAAUCUCGAUAAUUUUUUUA